UUCUCGAGCGCAUUUCAUCGGGAAUUGUUUUUACUAUUUUUUCUUUGAAACAAAAAGGAUUGACUAUGUUAAUGGCUUAAAGGUAGAUUGAGGAUUAUAGUCAUUUAAAGUAGUUACUUCAUGAAGAAAAUCUACUCUGAAUUUCCUGUAUGAAAGUGUGAACAACUCGGUGAAAUUCAUGAUGGCGGUCCUCAAUAACCCGACCAAAGAAAUGGCACUGGGGUUUUCUUUACAUAAACGAGCUCAAGAAGCGAUAGGAAAGUUCCAACAAGAAAUCGAGGAUGACUUUAAGUAUCUUAAUGAGAUUCUAUCGGAAGCCAAGCAGCACUUUGGACGGCGAGACAGUUAUAUUCUUCUUCCAAAGACGCCAUCAAUGAAAAGAAAGCGACAGGAGAGUGAUGAAGAACAUAGUAGCGAUGAUGCUGCAUCGAAAACGGCAAGAGAAACAAAAACCCAUAAGACCCAAGGAUACGCUUCGCCGCUGACGGUUAUCAACGAAAACGAACUACCGGACUGUAAUACAGUGAACGAGGAAUGUUAUCAAAAGGAUACAAAAAGAACGACAAGAGCAACCAGGGCUAAUUCACGAGCAACACAACAACAACCAAAGAGAGGAUAUGGAAAAAAGAAUCUCCCAGAUGUAGGAAGUGCCUCUAAAGAGAAAACUCCGGGUUUAUCUUCCAUGGACGAAAAGCCGAGACGAACCACAAGAAAUUCUAAAAAGACGAAUUCACAAUUGACCAGAGUAACAGAAGAAAACUCGAUCUGCUCAUCAUCAAGUAAUGAAGUCAAAGACUUGCCUAGAGGAACCACUAGAGGUUCAAGACGGAAACAGCUGGUGGAAAAUGCUGAUGUGUCAUCAUCAGAAGAAUUACCAGGGAAACCUGUAAUAAAGAAUUCUAUGUCAAGUAUAGAUGUCAACCCAAAGGAUUUUGAGGAUCUUACACCCUUGGAAAUUGUUCAACAAAAAACUUUAUCACCUUUUAAGGAAUCACAAGCAAGGCAAAGCACAGUAAAUUCAGAAAAGAAAGAUGAAUGGACAGAUAGUGCUGAUACAGAGACUGUUCGUGUUCCAGAAACCCCACAUUCCAUUCCUAUCAAAGCCAAGACACCAACUGCAUCUCCCAAGAUUUUCAAAACGUCCAUCAAUGUAGUCCUACAAUCACCAGGAUUAGGCACUCCAAAUGGUGAUGAGGUGAUAAUGUCAUCAAGUCUCUGUCAUGAGAAAAGUCCAAAUUCUUGUGCCUCAAAAGAACUUGGGUCGCAGAAAGUUAUAUCGAAGGAAACUCAAGUUCCUGAAGAAGAACCUCUCAAUAAUAGUGACACACAUGAACAAUCACCCAGAAAGACACAUGUUUCAUGCCAAGAGUCUAUUGAAACCUGUACUGCUGAAAAUAAAGAUGAUGGGGAAACUGGAGUGAAAAAUUUGUCUAAUGAUGAAAACCACCUUAAAUCUGAGAAUGCAAAAGUUGAUUUAUCUAAAGAAGUUGUCACAAAGGAAACUACAGAACCCAAUAAUGUGGAAAAAACUGUAGAGAGAAGUAGAGGAAGAAGCAGUGGAUGGCGAAGAAAGAGCAAAAGAUUAAGCAACUACAGAUCUCCUUCAAGUAGACGACUAUCUAUCAAACAGAAAGUUACCAAAUCAAAAGUACUUGGAAGGAAGAGUCUUGUCAAAAGUUCAGUGAAACUGAAGUUAACACACUCAAAGCUAAUGCCAGAAUUGAAGAUACACAGUGCUGACAAGCAAACCAAUGGUGAAAAUCUAGAAUCUAACCUGGAAGAUGUCAAAGUGCGUCUGUUUAGCAGCUCUGAAGACAAGGCUGAAGGCCCAGUGCAAAAGAUUGCAGAGAAACCCUUAGAGGAUGAAUUGGAGGAGGUUUUUCAUGACUGCAGAGGAUCUGAAAAUGAAGACAUUGGUAAGACAGAUGAUAAGAACUACACAGAAGCAAUAAGUGAACUUUCACCCAUUGUGAAAAAUGUCAAUUCCUCUGCGAUUGUUGUGCAUGAAAGUGAUGGAAGCAGUGGUGAGGAAUUUGCACCCAACUCAAAGGAGAUGUCAGAAGAUCCAACAACACCCCCUCCACAAGAGCCUUUGAACCCUUCACAUAAGGCUAAAGCAAAUAAUAUAGCUGUUGUCCAUUCAUUUAUCAGAAGAAACACGCCUAAGAAGGUUGACCCAGAGGAAAAGAAAAAACAACUACGCAAUGCAUUGAAAGAAAAAGAAGAAAAAGAAAAAGAAAGGCGAGAACAACUUGAGAUUCAACGACAGAGAGGAAUCGAGGAACGGAAGAGGAAAAGAGAAGAAAGAGCCAAAAAAGCCGCGGAACAGCGAGUGGCGAAACUUCACGCGUUGGAAGAGAAAAAGCGUCAAGCUCAAGGUCAACGGCAGAUCCUGAUGGAAAAAGCCAAGAAACUCAAGGAAAAGGAGGAGGAGGACAAGAAAAAACAGCGAAUACAGAAAAGAGCCGAGAUAGAGGAAAGAAAAAAACAAGAAGAGGCUGUUAGACAGCAGAAAAUAAAGGAACAGGAAGAGGAUGAAAAACGACAGCGUGAGAUGCUUCAGAAAAAACAAGAAUUUGAAGAACAGGAGAGGCAACGAAGGAUCGUUGAAGCCAAACGUCAUCAAGAACAUAGGGAAAAGGAGCUGGAGAGAGAGCGAGAGUCAGAGAAACAAAAGAAGCUUAAGGCUAUUGAAGAGAAAGAGAAACGGCUUCGCGAAAAAGAAGAAAAAGAAAGAAAGGCACGAGAGGAAAAGCUGAGGAUUGAACGCGAGAAAAAGGCACAAGAAGAUAAAGAGAGGGAGGAAACGGAGAGAGCGAGAAUUGCACAACUUAUCCGCGAGAAGGAAGAACACGCGCGACGAGAGAGAGAACAGCGCGCCAAGGAAGAGAAAGAGCGCCAGGAGAAAGAGAAGAAGUUGAAAGAAGAACGAGAAGCAGCCUUACGCGAGAAGAAACGCCAGGAACAGAUGGAAAGAGAAAGAGUGCGUGUUCUCGAGGAACGUAAACUCGCCGAAGAAAAUAAAAAAUUGAAUUCCAGCACGACCUGCAACUCCUACGUGAUGACCCCGCCUCAAGUUAAGGCGCGAAAACCGGCUUCAUCGGAGAAUUACGACAUUGCUGAUCUACAGAGUGAUGAGUCAACCGACGAUGAAGACAAUCCGAGGAAGAGGAUACCGUCGUGGGCGCGGCCAGCCGCACUGAAAGCCGCCAUUUUUCACCAGGAGUAUUCUAACAUAGAUGUAAACAGUAUCUUCGACGAUGUUCCGAAGCCGAAUUUAGAAGAUAUUUUUAAGCAUGCCACAAAGAAGAAACGGUUCAAUCAACGUACAAGUUCGGCAAUGUGGGACUCGCCCCCGCUGAGACAAGCCAAGAAAGGUACAUAUGUUUAGAAAUGAGAAAGGAGAUACCUGUACAAUGGACCAUUUGACUUUUUUUUUUCGAGGCAUUGUGUUCGUUUUAGUUUAACCUUUGAAGUGUAUUCUACUAUCACAACUGAGAUAACAGCUUACGAGUACUAGUGAUACAUGUAUAUUUUUAGCAGUCACAGCUCGUAGAUCUCACUCGAUUUUUGCAGAAUGUUUUUAAUGCUCUCAUUUUCAGCCUAAAGGUGUCAAUACGUACAUAUGGUAUUCAGUAGUUUUGCGUAGAUUCGGAUGUACAUUUACACGCCAAAUGGGGUACCCACUGUAUGCUACAUUUCCGGAUCGUAUUCGUUCCAAGUUUAAUUCAUGCAAAGUCUUUUCGAAAAGUUUUAGUAAUAGGUGGAAGAGAAUAAGUGUAAUUUUAGUUUGAAAAAGUGGAUUAAACCUGUCUUAAAAUA